CAUCCCUUCUCCUCUGGCAGCUCUUCCAAACCAUCAACUCAUCAUCCUUCAUCCAUCACCUCUCACACCAGAAAUACCCCAUCAUCAAGCCCAAAGUGUCGCCCAGUAUGAAGAGCGCAUUGAUUGCCGCUGCGGCGCUUGUUGGCUCCGCCCAAGCCGGCGUCCACAAGAUGAAGCUGCAAAAGGUUUCCCUGGAGCAGCAGCUGGAGGGUUCAUCUAUCGAGGCCCAAGUCCAGCAGCUCGGCCAGAAGUACAUGGGCGUGCGCCCUACUAGCCGUGCCGAUGUCAUGUUUAAUGACAAUCUGCCCAAGAUCAAGGGUGGCCACCCAGUCCCCGUCACCAACUUCAUGAAUGCCCAAUACUUCUCCGAGAUCACCAUCGGCUCUCCUCCCCAGACUUUCAAGGUCGUCCUUGACACGGGAAGCUCCAACCUCUGGGUUCCCUCGCAGUCCUGCAACAGCAUUGCUUGCUUCCUGCACUCCACGUACGAUUCGUCUUCCUCGUCGACGUACAAGAAGAAUGGAUCCGACUUCGAAAUCCACUACGGAUCAGGUAGCUUGACUGGCUUCAUCUCCAAUGACGUUGUCACCAUUGGCGACCUCAAGAUCAAGGGCCAAGACUUUGCCGAGGCUACCAGCGAGCCCGGCCUUGCCUUUGCCUUCGGCCGCUUUGAUGGCAUUCUUGGCCUUGGUUACGAUACCAUUUCAGUCAAUGGCAUUGUUCCUCCCUUUUACCAGAUGGUGAACCAGAAGCUUCUGGAUGAGCCCGUUUUCGCGUUCUACCUCGGAAACAGCGAUGAAGGUUCUGUGGCUACCUUUGGUGGCGUUGAUGAGUCCCACUUCUCGGGCAAGAUUGAGUACAUUCCUCUGCGCCGCAAGGCCUACUGGGAGGUUGACCUCGACUCCAUUGCCUUCGGCGAUGAGGUAGCUGAGCUUGAGAACACUGGUGCCAUCCUCGACACUGGUACCUCCCUCAACGUUCUCCCCUCUGGCAUUGCUGAGCUGCUCAAUGCUGAGAUUGGCGCCAAGAAGGGCUAUGGCGGCCAGUACACCAUUGACUGUGCCAAGCGUGACUCCCUCCCCGACAUUACUUUCAGCCUCGCUGGCUCCAAGUACAGCCUCCCUGCUUCUGACUACAUCCUCGAGGUGUCUGGUAGCUGCAUUUCUACCUUCCAGGGCAUGGACUUCCCCGAGCCCGUCGGCCCCCUGGUCAUCCUCGGCGAUGCUUUCCUGCGCCGAUACUACUCUGUCUAUGACCUCGGCAAGGGAGCUGUCGGUCUUGCCAAGGCCAAAUAAUUAAAUAAUACACAGUGGAAUGAAGGUGUAUCUAGGAGGGACACAGCUCAUAUGUUGGCAGAAGGCAGUUUUGGUUAUUUGAGCAGCCUUGCGUGCGGGAAUACAGUAUUGCGAGGUGUACGGAUCAAGAUUGCAGCGCCGUUUAUGUAAUAUAAUGGAACACUAGUACUUGUUUGCUGCUCUAAUUUUACUUGAACCUACUAACAGAGGCUGAUUUGUGUUUAAUCUUCUGCGUCUACUUUGUGAAUGGCUUGGCGCGUAAAACUGAGUUGGCCAUGGCGUUUGUGGCUGUUUUGUGC